AUGGUCCCUCUUGAGACCGGUCCCCAGACCGCCCGCAACUCUUCUUCUUCCUCCACAACACCCGUCCACCAAGUCGACACCACCACCGAAACCGAGAUGGGUGAGAUUACUCCAGCACAGUCCACUGAGGAGUCCUGGCCUCAGUUCUUUGUUCUCCCUCACUUGAUGAAGAAGAACGCCUGGAUCCUCUUGGUUGCCACCACCUUUGUCAUGGUCGUCUACAUCUGGCUCUACCUUGGCUCGCUUUGGUCGCCCAUGUCCAGAGUCAAGAACGUCGAGAUUGUUUUCUACAACGCCGACAAGGGAUUCGACUACUCCCAGACCCCCGCCCCCCUCGCCCAGCUCUUCCAAACUAUCACUCACAACAACUCCAUGGGUACUACGAUCCAGAACCAGAUCAUGGAUCCUCAGGGCCCGCUCAACCAUGUCUUCUCCUGGGUCGACAAGACCAGCGAGCUUGAAUGGGAUCGCGACUCGCUUAUUGAUCAUGUUGAGAAGGCCAGGGCCUGGGGCUUGCUUUACAUCCCUGCCAACUUUUCCAACAACUUCUUGAGCUUUGCUCCCUCGACCACCACUGGACCCGCCACUGCUGAUACUUUGAAGACCCUUGAUAUGGAGUACGUCUUUGACCAGGGACGCAGCUACGCCACCCACUCGAUCGUCGAGAAGUACAUGUCCAAGUCGAUGGAGACCUUGUCCAGGACCUUUGAGAGACAGCUCUUGACCUCGCCCGCCAACCAAACUCUUCUCCAGAACUUGCACCCCACUUUCUGGGUCCAGUCUAUUCACUUGACCGAGACUAUUAUGAACCCCGUUUUGGUCUAUGGUCAGAACUUUGCCACCUACGUUGUUUUCAUCGUCCAGUACAUCGGAAGUCUUCUCGCUGUCUACAGUAUCUGCAAGUACCUCCCCAACACCAUCGAGACCAUCGGCGUCUUAACCUUCGGCAACGAGUCCAACGAGCCCAUCCGCAAGCCCUCCCAGAUCCCCAAGUUCCCCGCCAUCCGCAUCGUCCUCGGCCGCAACACCGUCGCCGUCAUAUUCUCCCUCAUCCACACCAUCUUCAUCUGGAUGGCCCCCCAGGUCCUCCACGGCCACCAAAUGUCUGAGCACUUCAACGGCGGUAUCGCAUUCGCCUUUAUCUGGUUCACCGGCCUCUCCUUCAUGUCCAUCCUUUUCUUGCUCUCGCACCUCUUGACCGUCGACGGAUUCCAGGGUCCUGCCACCAUGCUCAUGAUCUUGAUGUUUACCUCCUCAGGCGGUAUUUUGGACUGGGACAUUAUGCCUGGUUUCUUCCGCGUCGGAAAGAUCUUCCCCUUCACUUAUGGUGUUCGUGGCUUGAGGUCGAUUUACUUUGGAUCCUUGCGCGAGCUGAUGUGGAUCAACUGGUUGGUGAUCUUUGCCUGGAUUAUCAUCCCCGGUAUCAUUACUGUGAUCAUGGCCCGUUCCGAGAUCCGUCUUCGUCGCGAGAACAUGCGUCGCACCGCCAGCAUCCAGCCCCAGGUCUAA